AUGUUAAAAAUUAAUUCUUAUCAUUUUAUAUUUCUUCUAUUUGCUAGUAUUUAUUUAUUUCCAAGAUUACAAACUACUGUAGUUAAUACUCGUACCAAUAUUUUUUCAAUGAAACGUGCUCAAGGUAAAUGGUCUGAUCCUUCGACAAACGAUGGUACACUUUGCCAAUAUGCUGGAAGUAAACAUAUAUCAUCUGGACAUCGGUGUGAUUUAGAAAUUUCCGACGAAAUUAAUUGA